UGCAUUAUUGCAUCAUACGACUUCGCUCUCUGGCAAGGACACCCAUGUGCUAUGAUGCUGCGUAUCAUACUGUGCAUAACUCUGUGCUGUACUCUGGCGAAUGCCUACUCCAAGUCGUACAUGAUAGUUUUUCCGAAUGCUAUUCGCCCGGGAAUGCCAUUAAAACUGGGCGUGACCAUCUUUAGGGCGAGUGCGCCUGUAAAUGUGACUUGCAUUAUGGCCAAAGACAACGCAUAUCUCGCGUCACAGAGUGGACUUUUUGAAGCAGGAGAGCCUGGAACCCUAUUGCUUCAGGUUCCAACCAAUGCAACUCCUGGGACAUAUAAAAUUCGCGUCGAUGGGACAGGAGGAUUGGCUUUCAAUAAUGAAUCCCAACUAACUUUCAAGACCAAAACAAUGUCUAUCUUGAUCCAGACUGACAAGCCCAUCUACAAACAAGGACAAACCGUGCGAAUACGAGCGUUGGCUGUAUAUCCCGACUUAAAGAGCUUCAGUGGACCGCUGACAGUGGAAAUUUACGACCCGUCGAAUAACAAAAUCAAAAGCUCGGUUGAUCUCCAAGAGUCUUCAGGAGUUGUAGCCGCUGAACUUCUUCUGUCUGAUCAGCCUCCGCUCGGCGCCUGGACUGUCAGGGUGACGGCGGCGCUCCAAACGGAAGAGAAGGAAUUUACUGUGACUGAAUACGUUGAACCAAAGUUUGAUGUUACUAUGAACAUUCCAUCCUACGUAACAUUCACAGACACUUUUAUCAAUGGGAGCGUGGUAGCUAAGUACAGUGAUGGCAAAGGAGUGGACUGUUCGGGCAACGCAGAACUGCCUUUAACAGAUUUCUACCAACUUCAUCCUCUGAACUUUGUUGACGGAAAAGCGAACUUAUUUUUUGUCUUGGGUAAAAUAGCUGAGCUUGCUGAAUAUGAAAUGGAAUAUCGAACAGUGCAGGUAAAAGCCCUCGCCGCAGAAACCCUCACAGAUCUGUCACAAGUUGUGUGGUCGGAGUUUACGUUCUUCUCUUCGCCAUACGCGAUGGACAUCCUGGGAUCCACCCCAAGGGUUUUCAAACCGGGACUUACGUACACCGGCUUUGUAAAACUCAGCCUAGUAGACGGGACACCAAUUGAGGGGGAGGACCACAAACUUCAGGUUGAGGCUCGGGUUACAUAUGCAUUAGAGAUACCGGAAAGUGUCAAAUUGAAUUUUCCGCCUUCCUACUGGGAGCAUUUUAUCGAGUAUAAGACAGUUGAAGAACCCGUUCAGGAACUAAGCGUACCGAAUGACGGCAUUGUUCGAUUUGACUUGGAAGUUAGCCAAGACAGGGCGACCGAAAUUACAUUUACGUUUACCUACGUAUCGAAGGUCCGGUACCUGACCGUUUAUGGCUUUAGGUCUCCUAGCGACAAUUACCUUCAGGUUUUAUCGAAGACGCCAUUGAUACAGACGGGAAGUAAUGCUGAAUUUGAAGUCCAGUCGACGGAACAAGUAACCACAUUGGUUUAUCUGAUCAUGGCCGGUGGAAAUGUUGUGUCAACGAAUAAAGUGUCCCUGAACUCCAACAUGACUUUCCAAGUUGCCAUUACCCCAAAUAUGGCACCCAAAUCCAAGAUGGCCACCUACUAUGUACGCAGUGACGGCGAAGUUGUCGCAGACGUUCUCAGUUUCAAUGUGAAAGGAGCAUUUAAAAACCAGGUGUCCGUACAAUUUGACGAAACCAGGGCAGAAGCUGGGCAGAAAGUAAGCAUGGUGUUGACUGCCGAUCCUGGAUCGUUCGUGGGGAUCUUGGCCGUAGACCAAAGUUUGCUUCCCUUUAGAUACCUGCACGACGACUUCACGGAAGAGAAGGUUUUAACUGAGCUGGAUACAUAUGAUACAAAGAGAGAGACAUUCACUGCCAGGAAGAAGCGUUCCAUAAUGCAGAACAUCAUUCCGAUAGGUGGCACUGAUGUCUAUGGCAUGUUCCAGAACUUUGGGGUAAUUGUAUUUACCGAUACUAUGGUCCACAGAUACACAAACACAACGGCACCGGAGGCAGAAAGUAUUUCUGUCGUUGGUAGUUUGGCGGACAUAAAACCAAUGCAGUCCUAUUUUAGAGAAACUUGGCUUUGGACCAGUGUAACCUUAGGUGCAACAGGCACGAAUUCACUUAAUGUCAUAGCGCCAGGUGAUACUUCGUCAUGGACAGCCAAUGUGUUUGCCGUCCAUUCAGAAUCCGGCCUGGGAGUGGCAAUGGCAGAGUUGUCGACAUUCCGUAGGUUUCUGUUAGCAGUGUACAUGCCAGAUUCAGCCGUGCUUGGAGAGAAGUUGAUCCUUCGAGUGGCAGUUUGGAACGAUAUGGGAAUCGACUUGGACGUUGACGUAAUACUGGAAAAGUCUGACGGGUUCAAGAGCAUAGUAUUGGGCACGGAUGGAAAGCCAACAACUGUUUCUGAAGCACAAACGCAGCAAGCCAGUGUCAAAGACGGAAAGGGUGUCUUCGUAUAUUUCCCUAUUAUUCCAACUGCUCUGGGCAAAUUUGAUGUCUUUAUAAAAGCGAACUCGGAGGCUGGUAUUGAUGGCUUGAAGAAGCAGUUGCUUGUCGAGGCCGAGGGAGUCCGUCAAGAAUACAAUCAAGCUGUGGUGAUCGACCUGACUAGCACGUCAACAUAUAGUAAAACGUUCCAAAUUGAUAUUCCAUCCACCUCCGUGCAGAGUUCCUCCUACAUCGCUGCUACACUCACAGAUGAUAUAAUGGGACCCACUAUAAAAAACAUUGACGGCUUAUUGAAUAUACCGCUUGGUUGUGCUGAACAAAACUUGAUGCACAUUGCUACUCCAGUCUUCUUAUUAAACUAUUUCGCUGAAACGGACCAGUUCGACAGCGAAGUCAUGGAAAAAGCCAUUGCCUACUUGGAAAAAGGAUACCAAAAUGUACUUGUCUACCAGCACGCGGACGGUUCAUUUAGUUCAUUUGGAGAAAGUGACACCUCCGGAAGCAUGUGGGCUACUGCGUUCGUAACAAAGUCCUUGAAACAAGCAGGUGACCAUAUCGAGAUCGAUGAUGAGGUUGUCACUAAGGCCAUCAACUGGAUAAUUGGCCAGCAGAACGCAGAUGGCUCUUUUCCUGAGCCUGGGAGUGUGGUCCAUAGGGCAAUGCAGACUGGUUCGUCAUCGGAUGUAUCCCUGACUGCCUUUGUGGUUAUUACUCUACUGGAAAAUAAGGAUAUGUCUACCAAUGAUAAUGUACGGAACGCCGCAGAGAGUGCUGUCCAUUACUUGGAGAACCGUACUGCGUCCGUAUCCAACCCUUACAGUCUGGCCAUUUCAUCGUAUGCCCUGCAAAAAGCCAAAAGUUACGAAGCGGUUGCAGCUUUCAACCGUCUGAAAACUUUGAUACCGAAUUUACUCAAAGGUGCUUCCGAGCCAGAGGGUGGAUAUCGCAACACAUAUGAGAUGCAGGCCAGUGCUAUCAAUGUCGAGAUAAUUUCUUACGCUCUCCUUGCGUAUGCUGAGAAGUCGGACACGCAAGGAGGAAUGCCUCUGAUGAAAUGGCUGAUUUCCCAACGUAAUACCUACGGAAGGUUCUCUUCAACUCUGGCCACGGUGGUGGCUCUACAGGCGCUGUCUGUGUUUACUGUUGAUAUCUAUGCGGCAUCAAGCCCGGACAUGCAGGUCACCAUUGGCGUCGAGGGAAGUUCCAAUCAAGUGACCCUUAGGGGGGGUAAUACCAUUAUCCUACGGCUCCCAGAUGCUACCAAACAAGUGACAGUUUCGGCAACUGGCAGUGGAAGGGCGCUUUUCCAGGUGUCCGUGUCAUACAACAUAAAAACAAUGGAGCAAGAACCAUCGUUUGCUGUCGAAGCGACACAGGUGGAGCAUGCAUUUGGGAACUUAGUGAAGGUCCAGAUUUGCUCGAAGUGGUUGGAGAACAGCCCAGCAAGCGGCAUGGCGGUGCUAGAGAUCGGAAUACCUAGUGGAUUCGAGGCUGAUCUGGAGAGCAUUUCACAGCUUCCGUCCCUGAAGAAGACGGAGAAAGCGUACAGAAAAAUUGUGCUUUAUUUUGAUGAGGUCAGUGCUACAAAAACCUGCAUCACAUUUAAUGUGCAGCGUGUCACACUGGUAGCUGAAUCCAAACAACUAGCUGUUAGGCUCUAUGAUUACUUCUCCCCAGAAAAGCAAGUGACCGCUUUCUAUGGGUUAUAUAUUUUGCAAAUCACUACGGUCUGCGACAUCUGUCGGGAAAGGUGCUCACUGUGCUGGAAGGACUGAUAUAUUGGGAGCAAUACGAAGAGGCUUGAAGUAAUAUUAAUACAUGCGGUUAAUCAACUGAAGAAUUGCUAUUAUCCAGUAUUUGAAAUAUUUUUUGGGACAUACGAAACGGAUCAUGAGGGAUUUGGACUCACAUAAAGAGAGUUAGAUAAAUGCAUAUAAUUAAGAAAAAAUAAGACAGUUAAAUCAAAAUGUAAGAUCGGCGCAUGGGUAAUAAACAUAUUUGCAAUUCCA